AUGAAACAUUUUAAAUCCAAUCUUGUCGUUUUACAUUUAUUUUAUUUUAAUCCUUCAUCUACUAAAUUUUAUUUUAUUAAUUUCUUUACCUACCGAUUUGAUAGUUUCUCGAGUUCUGGGUCCCCCGGAUCGACUGUUGACCAUAUUGUCCGACCCGUGCAUAUCCAUUCCUUGCUUCUUUAUCUCGCCGGACUCAUACCAACGAUUCCCCAUCGUCAUACGAUUUUCGCCGACUCCCCUGACAGCAUUGAAUCAAGGGUCUAUCCCAUCCUUCUAUCUAAGCUACUAAAGGUUCCUCCUACCGAUUUUUUCUCCUCUGGCUCUGAUCUUACGCACCGGGCUAAGACUCCACAGGUGAGCGCAGGUUCCUUAAACCUUACCAGCGCGAAUAAUUACAGCAUCAACUCUACUGGCCAAAAUGAUACACAUGGGGAGGAAGUUGAUGGAUGCAUCCGUUUUUACAAUCUGCGUAUCCGCCUUUCCCGACUGACGGGCUAUGCUAAACGUUGCCCUCAGUUUAGCUUCAUCUUGCUUUCUGUCACAAUCGCGUUAAUUUUGCUCAGCUUCUCGCUGAUCUGCUUCUAUUUGUCGCGUGGCUGGCUAAGACGGCAAAUCUGUCGACAUGGCCGUCAGUUGCAGCAACAUUAUAAGACCAUUGCUUGUGGACAAGCUUUGGAAUCGAAUAACUAUUGUGUUUUAAGUGAUGACAGCUUACUUUCUAAAAAAAUGGAGACUCUCUAUCCAAAUAUUGACGUUUGUUUAAACGAUUCCAAGGAUAAAGAUAAGAAGCAUUUACUAGCAUAG